CUUUCAAGCUGCGAAAUUGUUCCAAAUGACACAUUGUAUAUGAAGCUAUGCACGAAUGCAUACCAUCUGAUCAGAAUAGCGCGAGUUGAUGAAAUUCAUGCUUUCAUCUGAAAUAUUAGAUAGAUUCAAUUUAAAAAGUCAAUUACCCGAAAAUGAUAAAUUCUGCAGAAAUAUUAAAACAGAGACAAUUUGUCUCAACAGCACGAAAUGCACCAUUAUGGGCCGGGAUAAAUCUUUCGUUUCUGAUAUUAUGUCUAAUAGAAUUCCAAUGUUCAGUGUUUACAUCGAUCUCAUCGUUAACGUUCAUCAAAAAUAUGAUGACAUUUUUAGAAAUUCUCUUCAUGUUUUUGUUUCUCAUCAAUUUCAUCUACAACACAUAUCUUUUCGUCUGGUUUAAAAGAUUUUUGCAACCCAUCCAAAUGACACCAGAAGAAUUUCGUUUGUUUGGAAUUGAUGAAAACGAAUGUGGUUUUAAAUUAAAAGAUGUGACAACUACGAAUGAUAGUUGUCAAGAAUUUAAAAGCAAACAUAAAAUUUCUCUUACACCAAAAUUCGAAAUAAGUUAUGAAAAUCUUUCUAAUCACGGACAUUCGUCUUUGGAUUCGACAGCGUUGUCUACACGAUUCCAUGAUAGUAAUUCACUGUAUGAUAUUAAACCAACUUCUUGGUCUUUUAAUCCAGGAACUAUUGCCGAUUCACCAUACUCAAAACGAUCUGAUGCAAGUCUGAAUAAUUCACUUUCACAAAAACAAAUCGAUGGCAUACGAUUUCGAAGAUCAAGAUCAUUUCUCAAUGAUUCGUUUGAUAAAAGUUUAUCGCCCACAUGUUCUUCAUCGGUUAUUACAUCGAAAGCCGAUUUAGAUCGAUAUUUGCAGAAACACGAACAACGUCAAGAAGAAUUGGAAGAAUUGCUACAAGCGCAAAAACGUUACGCAAAUGUUAAUCCAGUUUUACAAACAAUGAAUGAAAUGAAUUCAACAUUAUCUCAUGGUCAAAAUGCAAAUCAUUACACUAUAGGACAACAAUUUUUACAAACUUCAAAAAAUAGUGAUCUCUCAUUUCAUAAUAAUUCAAUCACACCGACUAAACAUGUUUCAUUUAACAAUUCAUCGUCCAGCAAUCUAUUCAACGAUUCUUCUAUAUUCUGGGCUCAUAAUUCACCUUCCAGAGCACUAACACCUCCUUCGUACAAAUCGUCUAUCAAAACUCAUUCACCACCAAGUGGAAGUAGUCUUGAAAAAUCAGAAUCAUUGAAUUCGAGUACACGAACACUAGAAAAAAUUCUAUCAAAAUUAGAUGUUGACGAUUCUCUUCUCAAUCAGAUGGUUGAAAACAUUCGAAAAUGGAUUUCACAGACCAUUUUAGUUCGACUUUGUCGAGAGAUUGAAUCUAUAAACAAAUUGAUUGUCGAAAAAGGUUAUAUCGAUUCAAUGAUUGGCGAAACUCCUCUAAAAAAUUUAAAACAAUUAGCCGAAAAUCGUCGAACAGAAUUUCCUACCUUGGAACAAGUUUGUCCAUUCUUAGAUAUUUCCAAUGUUCGCAAUCUUGAGAAUACUAUACCAGUACAAGAAUAUCUAGUACGUCGUUUAAAGGAUUUAGCUAAAGGUGGUUGUAUGAUCGAAUUUCUUUGGGAUGGUGGCGGAAGUUAUAAUUAUCGACCAUGGAAACAGGAUUCAUUGUUAACCGAUGCUGAAUUAAUUCUUCAUGUAUUUUGUACCUAUAUGGAUUCACGUUUACUUUUCAAUCCGGCAUUACCAGAAGGAAAACCAUUUUCAAGUCAACAUUUUAGAGCGGCUACAUCGGCAGGAAGCCCGGGUACAAAUUCUUCACCAAUGAAAUCCAUAAAAUCUGAUACAUACAUACAACAAGAAAAAAUUUAUCCACCACAUUAUUCAUUAAUGUUAAAAGGCGAACAUUUUGAGAUUCCACCUGGCCGAAAUAAUUUAUUCUAUGCUUUAUUAAUAUUUAUUCAUCACAUAAAAAUGAAAAAUUUUGGCCUAUUAGGUCGAAUUAAUCUUGGUCCAUCCGGAUUGAAUAUUGCCUGGGUGAUUGAAUCGAAAUGAUCAACAAACGAUGACAAUUUGAUUGAUUAUUUUUUUUGUUUGAUUUUUGAUGAAUUUAU